CUAAUGUUCAACACAGAGACAAUAAACAGGAUGUCAAACAGUUUUUACUUUCACUUUUGAACUCCUCUGGUUGUGACGCAGCUUUUAUCUGAUUACAACAAGGAACAAAGCAGUGAGGAUCAUUACAAAGAUUUGAUAAACCAGCUGAAAAUGGGGAAGAAGUUCCAGUUGCUGAUCAGAAAACUGUGUAAUGUGAAAGCUGGUCUACAAGCAUCCAAAAGCAGCUCUAAAUAUGAGUCAUGUAACAUGGAAGCUGAUCAAAAAGGCCCCAAAGGGCUCAUCAGCAGCAGUUAUGGAUCAGUGCCUUAUGACGUGGAAGCUCUUCGAACAUGGAGACUGCCCAGGAGCAGCGUUGAAAGUCCGCGACCUGACGUGGAAGCUCUUCAAGCAUGCAGACUGACCAGGAGCAUCAUUGAAAGUCUGCGACUUGACGUGGAAGCUGAUCAAAAACCCACAGAGCUCAUCAGCAGCAGUUAUGGAUCAGUGCCUUAUGACGUGGAAGCUGAUCCAGAACGCAGACUGACCAGGAGCAUCAUUGAAAGUCUGCGACCUGACGGGGGAGCUCAUCUACCACGCACACUGCCCAGGAGCAGCUCUGAACCUCUGCUGCCUAACAUGGAAGCUGAUCAAAAUGGCCCCAAAGGGCUCAUCAGCAGCAGUUAUGGAUCAGUGCCUUAUGACGUGGAAGCUCUUCGAACAUGGAGACUGCUCAGGAGCAGCGUUGAAAGUCCGCGACCUGACGUGGAAGCUCUUCGAGCAUGCAGACUGACCACGAGAAGUCUUGAACGUCUGCGACCUAACAUGGAAGCUGAUCCAGAACCCACAGGGAGCACCAGCAGUUAUGAAUUACCGCUACAUUACAGUCUCAGGGAUACCAGGAAGUUCUCAAGCAGCAGAGACCAAUCCCUUGAUUUUUAAGCCUGAUACAUGAAGGACCCAGCAGCUGAGGCUGCAUCUACAUCUACAGUCAACAGCAACCCACAAAAUACACUACUACAACUGAUGCUUCGCCAAAUGUUGUAAUCCAGGCUGAAACUGGAUUGUGACACUUUACCUGCUGUUAAUCUUUUUUUUUUUAUUAUUAAUUUUACAGUUUUUUUCAGUCGCUAACAAGCGUUUGUCCAACCAGUUGUCACAUUUUCAAAACUCUAAACACAGUUAGCACAGCAUCGGUCUUUUGUGGCCAUACCAUUCACACAUUUCAUGUCGUUUUCACACAAUAUGCAGUCAGUGAACACAUUUCCACAAUGCUUACAUUUUCUUAACAGACAAGCUAUACCUCCCAACAAAAUUAUGGAUUGUUUUUGUAUUAUUUACGAAUGUUGACACACAACAUCCCACAAUAGCAAAAACAAUAUUCCAAACCUUAGAUACAGUAUAAAAACCUCUGCUUCUGCAAUGAUAUCAGUUCAAAAACAAUAUAUCUCAGCUGAUAAUAAACAAACAAUUGAAUAAUUGACACACAGCUGAUUUAUGUUGGGUAAAUUGGGCCAACCACAGCUGAUUCCAGUCCGGCUUAGACUCAGUGGCAGGGGUUAUUUUUUUUUCUAUUACAUUGACACUUAUACAGUAAAAGGAGGACUUUGAGGAGUGAUGUUUUUGGAAACAGAAACAGAAAAAGACAAACACUGUAAAUUUUGGAUGAGGAAGAGUAA